GGUACUUGGAGGGGAGCGGCUCUGUGGCUGAGAUGACAAUCUGGUGCCUCCUCACAGGUGCUUUGCUCGGGAUAGUGGGGAGAUUCCCACUGCACAAAGGGAAGGGGAAAGGAAGGAGGACAAAUAACUGCAGCCGCUAGAGCUGUGAUCAACCCUGGCUGGCUGGCAACCUGUGGGGAGGGGAGAAUCCAGCUGAGCUGCAGCAGCAGCAGCCCUGAAGCUAACUGGGCUCGAUGCCUAUUUGGGACCAUGGGAGCUGCCAAAACACCUGCCCCUGGGCUCCGAAGCCUCCUCAGUUUACUGGUGAUAUUAGUGGACGGGUGGCACGACCUGGAUAACAGCGACUAUGAUUGCUGGCCCCUGGAAAAACCGGAUGAGUAUAACAUGCUUGACUGUGGAGGUCUUGAGAUGGCCUGGGUCCAGAGACCUCCAGAGAAGGCUGUGAGUGGGGAAUUCUUCAAUGUAACUUAUGCAGUCUUUGCUUCAGAUCACUUUUACCACUAUGCUGUGCAAAACGGAAUCCUCUCUUACAGCAAUGCUGCAGCAGCCAAGAAGUUCUGUGAAGAACAAGAGUGCCCUUCCAACUGGAAAGAUGCAAAUGGAGAGAACUGCUGUGUCCAUCACGCUAACAUCCACUCCUGCCCUUUGGCCUUCAUGGGGAAAGGUGGAAUAUGUGGUCCGUGGAUUCCGGAUGAUGGCCAGAUAUUUACUCACACCUUAUCUACAGCUGGCAAAAUGAGUCAGGCAAACUGGACUGCCAAGGUAGUUUUGGUUCAUGUGGGUGUGACCUCUCUCAUCGCACACAUCAGGGUUGGGAAAAUGCAAGUUGCUCUGGAAGCCAAAACCACUGUGCUCCCUGCAGUAGUCUGCGGAGACGGUGUUUGUGAAGAUGGUGAAGGCUGUUCCACAUGUCCAGCUGACUGUGGGGAAUGCCCACUGACAGCUGAUGCGAGGAUAGCAAUUGCCUUACCAAUAUGUUUAGUCUGUGCUGGCUUCAUUCUGACAAUAGUGUGGUUUCAAUACCAGAAGCAAAAGAUGUUUUGGGAUGAAAGCUGGAUUAUAGACUUCUCCCGCAUCAAACAAGAUCGCUUGCUACGGACUGCAAUGGGCAGCAUCGUUAGCGUGGCCCAUGCACCCAGUGACUCCAAUGCCAGCUGUAUCACUGCCCUGAGUUCUUGCACAGCAGCUGUCAACUCGUCCAGGAAACAGCACUUCACCCAGACAGGGAUAUAUGAUGGUAGAACAGUCGCCAUCAAGAAAAUAAGGAAGAUGACAUUCACCUUGUCCAAAUCCAUACGCAAGGAAGUAAAGCAAGUCAGAGAACUCGAUCAUCCCAACCUCUGCAAAUUCAUCGGAGGUUGUACAGAGAUGCCAAACGUUGCCAUUGUGACAGAAUACUGUCCGAAAGGUAGCCUGAGUGAUGUGCUGCUCAAUGAAGACAUUCCUCUCAACUGGGGCUUCAGGUUUUCCUUUGCUGGAGACAUUGCCCAUGGAAUGGGUUAUCUUCACCAGCAUAAAAUCUAUCAUGGAUGCUUAAAGUCUAAUAACUGUGUGAUUGACGACCGCUGGGUCUGUAAAAUUUCAGACUAUGGAUUACAGUCCUACCGAAAAGAGGAUUCUUGUGAGGGUGCUAGCACAUAUCAGCAGCGUUUGAUGCAGAUCUACUUGGCUCCUGAGGCCCAUUCAUUGUCAGACUAUGUCCCCACUUCCAUGGCAGAUGUGUACAGUUAUUCCAUCAUUUUAUUAGAGAUCGCAACAAGAAGUGACCCUGUGCAGGAUGAUUCUCAUUCAGCGGAAUAUUCAUCGUGCCUGCCUCUGACAGAAUUAAUUUCAGGAAAGUCUGAGAAUUCCUGUCCAUGCCCUACAGACUAUGUGGAGCUAAUCAGGAGGUGCAGGAAAACCAACCCAACCCAAAGGCCUACAUUUGAGCAAGUCAAGAAGUUAUUGUACAAGAUGAAUCCGAACAAAGUUAGUCCAGUCGACAUGAUGAUGACUCUGAUGGAGAAAUACAGCAAACACCUGGAAGUAGUAGUUGCAGAACGAACCCAGGACUUAAUGCAUGAAAAGCAGAAGACUGAUCGUUUAUUAUAUAGUAUGUUACCCAAGCAAGUAGCAGAUGAUCUGAGGCAAGGAAAACCUUCACAAGCCCAAAGUUACGUAAUUGCCACCAUCUUUUUCAGUGACAUUGUUGGCUUCACUCAGCUAUCCAGCACCAGCACACCUUACCAAGUAGUGGACUUCUUAAACAAACUCUACACUACCUUUGAUGAAAUCAUAGACAACUAUGAUGUCUACAAGGUGGAGACGAUAGGAGAUGCCUACAUGGUAGUGUCGGGGGUACCCAAAGAGAAUGGUAUUCGUCAUGCUAGUGAAAUAGCAAGUAUGGCUCUAGACCUGGUGGCCGUGUGCAAGACAUUUAGGAUUCCGCACAAACCCAACACCCAGCUAAAGAUACGAGCAGGAAUCCACUCAGGGCCAGUCGUAGCUGGAGUCGUUGGAACCAAAAUGCCCCGGUACUGCUUGUUUGGAGACACUGUCAACACAGCUUCCAGGAUGGAGUCCACCAGUGAGGCUCUUAAAAUACAAUGCAGUUCAAAUACAUACCAGCUGUUGGAGCAUAUUGGAGAGUACAUAUUAGUGUGUCGUGGGAAUUUGCAAGUCAAGGGGAAAGGAGACAUGGUAACAUACUGGCUAGAAGGAAAGCAGAAUACUGCCAUCCAGAAGAGAGCGCCCAUCACUACCACAGCCUCUCAAGACCCUGAUGGAACUACUUUUAGUUUGAUUCCAGGAGUCUUGCCCAAUGAUCCUCUCUCAAGCCCAGCUUAAAGGGCAUGGGUAGAUGUUUCGUUGUUCCAGUUUCUCCUUGUUUUCAGUCUUUUAGAUCUACCUGCCAAACUUCUCAUGUGAUCCAGAAGGGCCUGAGAUCUUUGAAAGCUUCCAUUGCCAUGCCACGCCUAGAGGCAAAGCAAGAAAUAGAUGCUGCUCCCCCACAGCCUAUCUGGAUGCAAAGACAGUCAUUAAUCGUAGCUCUCUCCCUUAGUCUGACAGGAACAAAAAUAAAGAAGUAAAACAAAUCACUGGCGACGACAAAUGUGUGGAUACCCAAGGAAUUAAAUGGAUUCUUCUGUGUCACCAGCUAUCCAGAGACCGGGAUCAGACCUGUACAGCUGUCACUUAGGUUUUGGGGGGGAAAGCCCUGCAAACAGCCCCCAUUAUCAGACUUGGCACAAGCAGCAGGCUGGAGAUGUCAGCAUAUUAACGCCUCUCGUGGUGAGAAGGCGAAAGGGGAGGCUGUGCUAUUUAGUGCCCAGGGUGGUGAUAAACCUCAUGGGAUUAAUUUGUUUAACGUUUUGAAAGGAGGGAUUGAAAUGUGGACUUUGCUAGAACUGAAGGCCAGGUAGAGUAGGAGGGAACAAUCUGGCCUAGUGGAUAAAGCAUUGGACUAAAAGAACUCAGGGGGUCUGGCUUCUUGUCAUUAGCCAUUGGAGUGACUUUGGGUAAGUCAGUUCACCUGUCUGUGCCUCGGUUUCCCCAUCUGUAAAGCAUGGAUGAUACUAACCUCCUUUGUAAAGUGCUUUGGGAUCUAGGGAUGAAAAGAGCUGGGGAUUAUUGAAUAGGAGAAAGACUGUUUAAACAGUUCAUGUCUUAGGCUGCUGUAGGCCCUCUCUGGAAUGCUGGUCUGACACACUUGGGUCAAAAUCCACACCCCGAGCAACACAGUUAUACCGACCUAACCCCUCGUGUAGACAGUGCUGUGUUGACAGGAGAGUUUCUCCCGUUGACAUAGCUACCACCUCUCUAAGCCAAUGGGAGAAGCUUUCCCAUUGUCAUAGGUCGUGUCUUCACUAAGCGCUACCACGGCACAUCUGCGUUGCUGCUGCACUGUAAGUGUAGAGAAGCCCGAAGAGGAAACUCUAUAAAUCUCCAUGUUUGCUGGUGGCGAUGAGUUUAUGUGAGUGGCUUCUCACUCAAGCUCCAUCAGAGGUUAUUUUCUCUGAAUGCAAAGUACGCCGAACUCUGCGUGCUGUAUGCUGUUUGGGACGCUGCAGUUUUUCUUUUUUCCAGAUGGCAGAUUUAUUUAAAAUGGCAGCAGAUUUUCUCUCGGUCAGGGCUAUUAGGCCUUAGAAAAGUUUCACUGGUGUAACUAAAUUUAUUCCAAAUCAGUCUAGAUACACCAGUGCAAAACCCUACAGAAAGUGGACUUAAACCAGUGUACAUCCAUUUAGAUUAACUGGGUAAUUUACUGGCUCAUGCCCCCAUGUAAUGAGCAUAUUUUUAUAUUAAAUAUGUACUGUGUGAUCACUGAGAUUAAAGUUAAAAGGUAUUGCUGAUACUGAAAUCCCUUAUUUAAUUGGAAAGCACAUGCAAUAGGAAUAGCAACUGGCUUUACUGGAUGAGAUUACAAUCUACAGUCUGACUAAAUUCCAUUUUUUAAAGUGUAUUUUUCCAUUUAUCUAAACUUUAAAUGUUAAAUUUGCAUAUGUUCCAAAUGUUAUAAUAUAACAACCAAUAAACUCAAACUCCAAGUCAACCACAGCAUUGUAACAUCCUUUAGCACAUUGAGUUCCUCUGCUGGUCAGCCAAACCCCCAGUGAUCAUAGAAUCAUAGAAUAUCAGGGUUGGAAGGGACCUCAGGAGGUCAUCUAGUCCAACCCCCUGCUCAAAGCAGGACCGAUCCCCAAUUAAAUCAUCCCAGCCAGGGCUUUGUCAAGCCUGACCUUAAAAACUUCUAGGGAAGGAGAUUCCACCACCUCCCUAGGUAACCCAUUCCAGUGUUUCACCACCCUCCUAGUGAAAAAGUUUUUCCUAAUAUCCAACCUAAACCUCCCCCACUGCAACUUGAGACCAUUACUCCUCGUUCUGUCAUCUGCUACCACUGAGAACAGUCUAGAUCCAUCCUCUUUGGAACCCCCUUUCAGGUAGUUGAAAGCAGCUAUCAAAUCCCCCCUCAUUCUUCUUUUCCGCAUACUGAAUAUAAAAAAAGAGGAGCUAACAGCCAUACCAAAUUGAAUACCAUGUAUGUUCCUGAAACACUUUGAUCUACACCAUUGCAUCACGCAUUAUAUAUCUAGCAUUACACAGUCACUGAAUUAACAGUCAUUUUUCAAACAUAUUAAAAAUCGGUUUUAGAAAUGACAGAAAGGGACAGAUCACAGGCCUUUUAGGAAAUGUGAAUUUGUUAUCAUUCACUCUAUCUAUUGCAUAGUCAUUUGUAGAAAAGUUGCAAUUCUUGCUCAUCUAUGUUAUGCUAAUGUAGACUGCUAGGAUUAAAGGACAUUAUAAUGAACAUUUUCUGAGUCCAGGUUAUUCUAAAUAUAAGUCAGUGGUAUGAGCAUUUUAGUUUUGUAAAAUGUUUGUGUGAUAGUGCUUAGGAAAAUUCUUGAACUGACGGCCGUGGCUAUUGAGGGCAUAUCUUUGGGUUUGGUCCAAAGCCUAAUGAAGUUAAUGGAAAGAGUCCUGGUGACUUCAGAGGGCUUUGGAUUGGGCUGUUUACUUGCAGAAGAAGAAGAUCAUGGACAACACCACUGUAAGCAUCCCUCUGUUGCUUUGUCAAUGGCUCUCACCGCUAUCUUGGAUGGACCAUCUCUGCAGUGAUAGUUUUCCAUAGCUCGUUGAAUGUCUGGUGAGACGUCUAGAAAGGCUUUGAUUAGUAUCAAUUGUGCUGAUGGCAUCUUGAUUAGCAAAAAGAAAAGGAGUACUUGUGGCACCUUAGAGACUAACCAAUUUAUUUGAGCAUAAGCUUUCGUGAGCUAAUUUUGCGAAUACAGACUAACACGGCUGCUACUCUGAAACCUAUCUUGAUUAGUGUCAUUUAUGCAAAUGGGUCUGGUGAAGUGGGUAUUUGUCUAUUGUGAAAUGAAUGUACAGUACUAUGCGAAAUACAAGUUGCAGUGUUCUCAGAUGAUUUGGCAGGUACACGGGGUUUACAGACAUACCUUGAUAACAAUGUUUAAUGGAUCUGGCCAAAACUGCAUUGCCACCUAGCUCCCCUCACCGCCCUCAAAAGAUCUGUUUUAUUAUCAUGACUGACAGGUCUCAAAUGCACAUUCACAGAGUUCAUGGAAACAACACUCCAACCCUCCCAACACUCCAACCCAAACAACACUCCACACUCCAACCCUCCCCCCGGUAGCCUGCUAACAAUGACUUAUCUGGGACCCAUGAAGCCUCACCCAGUGUAAGGCUCUGCCCCUGAGGCCCAAUUGGUGGAGUUCCAGAGUAGUUGACUGGCACUGCUUAAACCAGCAGCAGGAACAGGCAGCUGUCUGAACAAGUGGGCUCGCCUCACCCCACACUUCCUGGUCUUGCUGCUCAAUUUCCUGGCAUCCAGACCCGGCUUGACUUGUGAUUCCUGACCUCCAGUUUGUCGCCUGCCUCUGACCCCCUGAUAUCCUGAGCUGUCCUGUCUCUGGCUCCCAACUUGUGGUUCUGAUCUCCAGUUUGUCUCUUGCUUUUGAUCUUCCGAGCUCCUGACUCUUGACUCCUGUCUCAUGACUGUGGACUCUGCCUCCAACUACUAGGCCUGGCUGCUCAUGACCCUGUUGUGACAUUCAAUGUUAUAUGAGACCACAUUUUUAUUGGAAGUUACAUAGGACCCAGUCCUGCAGGGUGCUGAGCAACUAAUGGAGCUGCUGAGCACUCAAGCCAAUUAAAAAUGAAUUAGGCAGCAGCAUGAUGCCUUGUGGGAUCUAUCCUGCUUUGGGAUGAUCUGGUUGAAAAUGUUACAUUCAGCAUUUUACAAAAUUGCGGAAAAUCAUACUAUAAACUCAUAGGGCCCCGAUCCUGCAAACACGUAAAAACUUGGGUAGAUUCAUGCACACAUGAAGUAGUUCUAUUUAGGAUUGGUUGUAACA